UGUUCAACAACACGGUUAGAAACAGCAGCCACUGCUAACCGGUAGCGUCAGCUAUAAAUGGUCAGUUUGUCUUAGUCAAAGCUAAAGAACAUAAAAGUUAUCCAGAGCCAGAGCUGAACAUUUCCAGAUUCAUGUCUGACCAGGUGCUGCAAGCUGUUGGUCUUUCUGUGGUCCUGCUGUUGCUGCUGCCACUGAGCCACAUGAUGUGUGUCCUGUGGAGGAAGAAGAACAAGCAGAACCAGUACCAGGAGCUUCUAUCCACCGAGCUAUCAGUACCACCAUGCUCUGCUCCAGUGAUCUUGGUGUCUCAGGGCACCUGGACCGCGCCCAAUGAAAUCCCUUUUGCUUCACCUCCUCGAUUCACCCCACAAAAUAUUGAGGCUCGGACAUCUGGAGGGGACAUCGUUACAGAUGAGGAGGAGAAGAUGAAGAUGAAGACCCAGCGGGACGUUCUGGCUCAUCGUGGCUCGCUCUCAGUGAGGAGUUGGUACCCAGUUGGUUCGGUACUGGCAGGCCUCUACUCUGUGACCCCUCUGAACGAGGUCAUGGCGCCCCCUCCCGGCCUGGCCACUCGUCUCUGCUUCUCUGUGGAGUAUCGACACAGCAGUGAACAGCUCAUGGUAUCCUUGCUCCGCCUCGCUAACCUUCCCCCUCGUUUCCAUAGCAACGUCACACUGGUGGAGCUUCGCCUACUUCCUGAUGACCGGCGGCCCCGCCAGACUAAGGCCCGGAGUACAGGGCCCGACCCAGAGUUUAAUGACUGCUUGGUUUUUCAGGUGUCUGCAAUAUGUGUAUCAAAGAGCACCCUGAGUGUGUGCGUGCUGGGUGUGGAAAAAGAUGGCAAACGACACGCUGUGGGCAGAGUGCUGCUUCCUCUGGAGGGGGAGCUGGGUCAGGCCGGACGAGUGCUCUGGAGAGAUCUAGAUCCUGAGGAGGAGACACAGUGUUCAGAGCAGGGGGACGUUCUGAUAUCUCUCAGCUACAGCUCGUCUCAGCAGAGACUGUCCGUGGUGGUGGUGAGAGCUCGAGGCCUCCAGCUGCUCACAGACUCAGGUGUGUGUGUACAGGUGAGCUUACAGAUACACACUCAAGUGGUGAAGACGAAGUGUAGCUGUGUGGUAAAGGAUGAGCAGGAUCCCAUUUUUAACCACAGGAUGACUUUUAAGCUGCGACUGCAGCAAUUAGACGAGGCCUGCCUGAGGUUUGAGCUGCAGCAGCUGAACAACAGCCACUCAGAUCCUCCGUCCCUCCUGGGAGUGCUGGUGUUGGGUCCUUUCAUGUAUGCCAGGGGUCUUCAGCUGCAGCACUGGAUGGACAUGAUUAAUAAGGAGCAGGAGCCGGUUACACUGUGGCAUGGACUCUGCAGAAGCUUCUAACUCAUAAAUCACUCGCAUGCCACACAAACACACAGAGUCUGAAAGGACAAAGAAAAAUCUGCAACUGAAAACGUUUUGGCAGCUUCUUUAUUUAAUCCUGCAUUGAACAUUUUCUCUGCUCUUGAUUACUUCUGUAGAGUCACAGAGUAAAGUCCUAAAUGCUGCUGGUGAACAUUUACAUCAUGCUAUAAGAAUACAGAAAGCUUAAAAAAGAAAUGUAUCUCUGAGAUAAAAUAACCACAUUUUCACUCUGUUAAAAAUCUCAAGUAUGUAAAUAAAAUAAAUUAAACUAAUUUAGCAGAAAAAAACACAGCUAGGAGAAGCUGAAGAAUUUAUUUGUUUUAUAUUUCCAAAUGGGGAACAAUGAAAAGUAGAAGUUUGGUAACAAAAAUCCUGUAAUCUGCCACAGUCUUUCAUAUGUACCUGGCAAUUUUAGGAGGUUACUUUCACUUUACUUUUGGUUAUCUUAGUUUAAAUUUACUAAUUCUUAAAUAACAACCUCUAACAAUGUUUUUCAUCUUGAGAGGCGCUAUAUAAAAAUAGUUUCUUGUUUAUGUUCUUCUUCAUCUUGACAUCCACCCAAAUCACGCCUAAAUGAUAAAUGACACGCACUUGUAUAGCACCUCUCAGAGUAAGGACUCCAAAGCGCUUUACACUACAGUGUAUCAUUCAUCCAUUCACACACACACAUUCACACACACUGGUGGGAUGAGC